AUGGUCAAGGCGAAGAAGUUAUUCAAGUACGCCAAUGUUUUCUCGUUAAACGAAGCUGACAUAGGAAAGACUGGCUUAGUUCAACACAAAAUAAACACAGGAGAAGAAUUGCCUAUUCGUCAGCGGCCAAGAAGAUUGCCUGUAGCACGUGAAAAAGAAUUGGAAACCAUGAUUGAGGGAAUGGUGAAGGAUGGUGUUAUUGAACCUUCAUCUAGUCCAUGGUGUUCACCUGUGGUGCUGUUAAAGAAGAAGGACGGAAGCAUGCGGUUUUGUGUUGACUACCGCCGCCUGAACGACGUUACGAAGAAGGACAGCUAUCCCUUGCCAAGAAUUGAUGACACGCUGGACAUGCAGGCGUAA